GGAUAAGCGGGUUUGGAAAACGGAUGAGACAGACGGGUUCACACACACGAGUAGAAACGGUGAUGUGUAAUAACAUUAGUUGCCAGAAGAGGGAGAUGUGUUAUAUUGCACACACCUUCCUAAAAUUGCAGCGUGCAAUUCCAUUUUAAUUUAUAUAGCGCCUUUUCCUGUGAACUCCGCCCCAAGACACUUUUAAUAUAUGGUGCCACUAUUUGCAUUAUUAAAUCAUUGAUUCGUCUGAGCCCAUAUAGCGCCUUUCAGUGUGCACUCCAACCCAGGACACUGUUUUCAUAUUUCUACCAUGAAAGCGCUGACAGGUAAUGUGACUUGCCUCCAUCUUCGCUGCCCGUUCACAGCUGAAGCCCACCUCAGGAAGUAUCAGGCAGAAGGCACACAUCAGGGGCCAAUUUAGCCUGAGUGACCUGCGCGUCUGUGGGCGGAAACCGGAGCACCGGAGGGAGCAGAAAUCCCCGCCUUAGCGAAUCUCGAAGCAGCGGUGAACUAACUUUGCGUGCACUCGGAGAUCAAGCGGUGGCGUCCCCUUUAAGGCGCGCGCUUCGCCUUCCCUCGUCAAACUAGAAAAUCCGGAGAGUUUGUGUGGAAGUGACGGGCUGUAAAAGUCAAGCAAGAAAUCCGGAGAGCGAGGUCAUCAAGCCCUGGCGAGUCCCGACAAGUGGCGGCGCCGCGCACGGACGACUCACCGAUGGGUCGAUUUUUUUUUUUUAAAGGCUCCCCGUGCCCGCCCACCCAGCUGACCGGACCGCUACAUGGCGUCAAAGUGAGGAGCAGAGUCCCAGUGCGCGGCUAGUUCGGGACUUGGAGUUGCGGGUCCGGUAAUCCAUGAAACAAUGGAGGAGAGUGAGAGGCGUGGCAAGGACGCUGCCCAGAUGGCGGCACUGCAGUCUUGGGAGAGUCCUCCUUGGCGUUGCCGCCCUUUCCCUGUUCCUUCAUUUCCUUUGGCCUUUCCCUAAAGAUCCACUCCCUAGUGGCGCAUGGCACCUGCCGGGUCCCGUCCCCACAGCUCUGUACGCCGAGGUGUCCCCGUCCGCCUACAAGUAUGUGAUCAACGAGCCCACCAAGUGCCAGGAGGCGCCCCCAUUCUUGGUACUGAUGAUACCCGUGGCCCCACAGGACCGAGCGGCCAGAGAUGCCAUCCGGAAGACUUGGGGUUACGAGCGUCUGCUUCCGGGGGUGAAAAUUGUGAGGCUCUUCUACUUGGGCCUUCCCCCCGCAGAACAAGGAAUGUCCCUUCAGCACGAGGUGGGCAGGGAGAGCGCCGAGCACGGGGACAUCAUCCAGAAGGACUUCUGGGACACCUAUGCCAACCUGGCCAUCAAGACCAUGAUGAUCAUGGACUGGCUGGCUACCUACUGCCCUCGUGCCUCCUACGCCAUGAAGAUCGACUCGGACAUGUUCCUCAACGUGGAGCUCCUAGUCAAGAAGUACCUCAACCCGCAGGCCUCCAGCCCCAAGAAGAACUACAUUGCCGGUGUGGUCAUCGGGGACGGAAUGGCAAACCGCAACACAGACAGCAAGUGGUACAUGCCCCCCGAGGCCUACCCCGAGCGCGCCUACCCGCCUUACCUCUCCGGCUCGGGAUACGUCUUCUCCGUGGACCUGGCCAGAAAGAUCUCCUUGGCUUCUCAGUCCAUCCGGCCUGUGCCCCUGGAGGAUGUCUACGUGGGAUUGUGUCUGCGGAAGCUUGGCGUCAAGCCGACCCGCCAUUACGUGUGGUGGUCCCCGUUCCACAAUCACGGUGUCCGCUACGAGCGCUGCCACUUUGUUACUCUUCUCACCGCCACUGGCUUUCCGCCCGAUAAACUUGUGCGGGUUUGGCACGACUUCCAGCUGGCGAAGUUCACGUGCUGAUUCCCUCCUUGCCGGUCGAGGAGAAGGGGUGGUUGGAGCCCCUGGCACUCCCGAAUGUAACCCCACGACGUGCCUUUGGUUGUCCGCCAGCGGUCCGGCCGGCUUCCGGAUUCUUUGAUGACUUUUGACCAAAUGCGGCCGCUGAAAACGGCAAAGUGCCUGAAGUGCAAACGACGUCCUCGGAGAUGAACUCCCGUGCCCAUGGAGUGCCAACUUUAUAGAAGUGCCUGGCAUCACCCGUGUGCUUCGCGGGACACUGAGGUCUGGUCGCCUUACCGGAACUUUCUCUGGGCCUUUCACACGUGUCUUAAUACUUGAAGGGUCCGCCGCAGCCCCCCCACCCCUAGAGUUUGUAAUGCUGCCCUCUACUGGCGUGAGAUUGAAGGAGGUUGUUUGACGUUCCUCCUCCUCCUCCUCCGGCUGUCCGUGACAUUCCAGUAGGCUUCACUUUUAUUAAAUCUGAAGUUCAGCAAAUGAA